AAAAACGAGCAAGAAGAUUCAAAAAUUGUUUUGGCCGAUUUGAUUGGAACUCGAUUCUGUCGAGUAGAAAAUGCGAUUAACAAUCCAUUAAUUUUCUUGGCUCAUCAGGUUGGUGCUUAUAUUUUCUUCAAUAAUGCAAAUGUUGAGGCUGGCUUCUCAAUCUCUCCCUGCUAUCCACAACGCUAUCCUGACCCAUCAACACUUAUUCUUCUCCGUCCUAACAGAUCUCUCGCAGUCGAAUCUGUGAAUGAGACUGAGCAUGCUUCAGGGGAGUCUUGCACUUCGCCGUGUGAUCAGAAAGACAAUUUAAUUAAAGUCAAUCAGCUCAGUUUUCAACCGUCCUCACGUCAUCCAUGUGAGCUGAGCCUUAACCCAGUAUCAUCAGCUUAUAAUGUUUUUUUGACCUCUACACAGGCACUGACUUCUCGCUUAGAGUUGCACACAAAGGCGCUGCUAGAUUUGGCUGGCAGGGGUCAUCUUUCGAACUGGAUACAGCCAAGUAAUGUGGAAUUGGCUUGCUCUACGGGUUCCAUAUCUCCUUUCCAUGGUCCUAAUCAAACCUUAGGGCCUAUUAGUUGCUUCGCAAAUGGUGAAAGUUCAUUCAAAGGGCUGGCCAGACAUGAAGAAGAAGUCCCUUUCAAUAUGCAUGGUGAGGAGAAAUCUUCGACCAAUUUAGUUUCGUCGGAAUCUUCCCCAAUGCCUUUAGCUGUCUCUGAUAAUCACAACCGAGCUGAAGAACUUUCUUUACCCGUUGAAGCACAAAUUGAGACAAUUCAGAUUUUAAAUCCUGCUUCCCGACAUAUAGAUGUUCCCUUGAAACCAGAAGUUGCCCCUCUUGAAGAUCUUAAAACUCAAAUAAAGACUCACUCUUUCGAAGCUAACAAUGAAAAAUUGCUAGAGCAAUCGUUAUUAAAAAAUGCCACUUCGAAAUCAGCUGUUUUAGUUGAUGAUCCUCUUGUUUUGCGCAAUACUAUGGAUGCUAGCCCCUCCGAUACUGUAUGCAAGGUUCAAACUGAUAAUAAUAAUAAAUUUGAGAGUAUGGUGUAUUCAAGUGAGACUUCUGGGCUCCAAGAUCGCCUUAAACAAAAUCUUGAACCUGUUUCUCUCCAAGAUGCCUGGGAUAUCCUGAACAAAAAAUUUGCUGCAAUCUUUCCUGAGUUAACUGGCUCCAUAGUGGUAUGUUUGAAUAGUGAACUUCUUGAACUUGAUGUCUAG